GUAUUAAGAAACCACCAUGUCCGAAGGCCAUCACCGCCAUCACCACCACCACCACGGCCACCGCCAUCACAAAGAAAAACCGGCCGGCGAGACUGACUACAAGAAGGAAGAGAAGCACCACAAGCAUAAGGAACGUGUCGGAAAAUUAGGAGCCGCUGCUGCUGGCGCCUUCGCGUUGCAUGAGAAGCACAAGGCGAAGAAAGAUCCGGAACAUGCACACAGUCAUAGGAUAAAGGAGGAGAUUGCAGCCACUGUUGCAGUUGGAGCCGGUGGAUAUGCACUUCAUGAGCAUCAUAAAAAGAAAGAAGCAAAGAACAAACACCAAGAGGCUCAUGGAAAGAAGCAUCACCAAUUCUUUCACUGAUAUUAGCUUAUGGAAAAAAAAAAAAAAACACCACACACACACACACAUCUCUGGGGAGCUCAACUUCUUGCUGGAUUUGUUCUGUUCUGUACUAUAUGUGCUCUCCUGAUUCGUACAAGGUAUUACACUACUCAGUCUUCCUACACAAAGUAGUAAUACCUUGCAGUAUUAGGAGAGCAUAUGGAAGAACAGAUUAGGAGAGAAGCUGAAUUCAUAUUUAGAUAAUAAUUAUAGUCCCUAUUUUUUAUUUUAUUAAUUUGUUUGUGUGUGUAUAUGCUUUUCAUACACAGCAGGAGUUUCAUGAUAUAUGUAUGAUUAUUUA